CCAGAGCCGCCGGACUGGCGGCAGGGCAGGGGAGGGGAGGUCAGGGGCAGCCCCCAGAGCAGGUGGACUGAGCUUCUGAGGCUGCUUGGGCCUGGAAAGCUCUGCCCGCCGCCCCGCCCCCCAGGACAAUCAGGGAUUCAGACCCUGAGGCCGAGGGGGGAACAAUGGGGCCCUUGAGGGCCCCUCCCCCAGCCCCCAUUGUGCUUGGUGGCGGGAGGUGGCCCCGGCUGUGCCGAACACCCUCUGGGAGGACCAGCAUCCGAGCAGGUGGAAGGGCUCAGAGGGAGACUGGAAUUUUCUGGCCUGGAGAAGGACCUGCCCGCCCGCCCCUAUGACCAACAUGAGCUGGAGCUUCCUAACGCGGCUGCUGGAGGAGAUCCACAACCACUCCACCUUCGUGGGCAAGGUGUGGCUCACGGUGCUGGUGGUCUUCCGCAUCGUGCUGACGGCCGUGGGCGGCGAGGCCAUCUACUCGGACGAGCAGGCCAAGUUCACCUGCAACACGCGGCAACCGGGCUGCGACAACGUCUGCUACGACGCCUUCGCGCCCCUGUCGCACGUGCGCUUCUGGGUCUUCCAGAUCGUGGUCAUCUCCACGCCCUCGGUCAUGUACCUGGGCUACGCCGUGCACCGCCUGGCCCGCGCGUCCGAGCAGGAGCGGCGCCGCGCCCUCCGCCGCCGCCCCGGGCCCCGCCGCGCGCCCAGGGCGCACCUGCCGCCCCCGCACACCGGCUGGCCCGAGCCCGCCGACCUGGGCGAGGAGGAGCCCAUGCUGGGCCUGGGCGAGGAGGAGGAGGAGGAGGAGCCAGGGGCGGCCGAGGGCGCCGCGGAGGACGCGGAGGAGGCCGGCGCGGAGGAGGCGUGCGCCAAGGGGGCCGGCGCGGACGGGAAGGCGGCGGGGACCCCGAGCCCGGCUGGGCAGCACGACGGGCGGAGGCGCAUCCAGAGGGAGGGCCUGAUGCGCGUGUACGUGGCCCAGCUGGUGGCCAGGGCGGCCUUCGAGGUGGCCUUCCUGGUGGGCCAGUACCUGCUGUACGGCUUCGAGGUGCGGCCGUUCUUCCCCUGCAGCCGCCGGCCCUGCCCGCACGUGGUGGACUGCUUCGUGUCGCGCCCCACUGAGAAGACGGUCUUCCUGCUGGUCAUGUACGUGGUCAGCUGCCUGUGCCUGCUGCUCAACCUCUGCGAGAUGGCCCACCUGGGCCUGGGCAGCGCGCAGGACGCCGUGCGCGGCCGCCGCGGCCCCCCGGCCGCCGCCCCCAACCCAGCGCCGCGCCCCCCGCCCUGCGCUUUCCCGGCCCCGGCCGCCGGCUUGGCCUGCCCCCCCGACUACAGCCUGGUGGUGCGGGCGGCCGAGCGCGCUCGGGCGCACGACCAGAACCUAGCAAACCUGGCCCUGCAGGCGCUGCGCGAAGGGGCGGCCACCGGGGACCGCGACCGGGACACUUCGCCGUGCGCGGGCCUCCCUGCGGCCUCCCGGGCGCCCCCCAGGGCAGGCGCCCCCGCGUCCGGAACUGGCAGUGCCACUUCUGCUGGCACCGUCGGGGAGCAGGGCCGGCCCGGGGCCCACGAACGCCCAGGAGCCAAGCCCAGGGCGGGCUCCGAGAAGGGCAGCGCCAGCAGCAAGGACGGGAAGACCACCGUGUGGAUCUGAGGCGCUGGCCUGCGAGCUGGCGAGGGGAGGAGGAGGGUUGUGGGGCUCCGGUGGAAACCUGUGACCCCUUCAACUCAGCCUGCCCCUUAGCCGGUGGCCUCAGGAAGACCCUGCCCAGAGGGGCAGCCAGGCUGCUCAGGGAAGGGGCUGAAAGCCGCCGCGGAGUGCCCUGGCUUGGUCAAGGCGGGGUGGAGAGGGGGUCUAGGAGGCAGGAAGGGCCCUAUGCUGUGGUCUGAACCCCAGGGGGGCUGGGGCACUGACGACUCCACCGACAACCCCUAACCUGAGCUGGAAUGAGUCCUCUGGGAUGCCAGCUUUCCCCGGAGCUUCCCUGGAGCAAGCAAGGAGGCCCAGGGUGCCUGGCAUGGACAUCAGUUGGUGUGUGUGGGGCUGCUUGUCCCCAUUCCCUGCAACAGCAAAUGGGGCUCCUUCUUCAGUCCUCCCCUUCCCAGCCCCAAACUGAGACCCACUGGGAGCUGGGAGUCUGCGGCGGAUGGCGCCACACCCUCAGCUUCUGCGCUGCCGGCCUUCGCUUCCUCUGGGAGACUUGGAGCUCUGCAAAGAUGGUGGCCAUGCCUUGCAGCUUGGACCAAUGGUUGCUUGGGGCCUGGGGGUUUGGCCGUGCCGGGGGAAGGGGGCUCUUCCUGCCCAUGGCCUCUCUGCGCUCCUCCCUAAUUCAGACCCAGCCUCCGGAAGAAAGGGAGUAAAAUAAAACUACCUUUUGUUUAUAA